AUGAAAGGUGAACUCUCUCCUCAGUUUCCUUAUCACACCAUCAUUGCAACAGGUGAUGAGGUCCAAGCCAGCAAAUCCUCCCUAGAUGCUCAGUUUGAAACCAUGACAGAUAGCAUGUCAGCAGAUCUGUAUGCACUGCAAGGCAAUUGUACUGGAGACUAUGGCUGGUAUAGUGCACAAAUUGAAGUGAUACCAUGCAAAAUUUGUGGCGAUAUCUCCGGGAUCCACUACGGAGUCAUCACGUGUGAAGGCUGCAAGGGAUUCUUUAGGAGGAGCCAGCAGAACAAUGCCUCUUACUCCUGCCCAAGGCAGAGAAACUGUUUAAUUGACAGAACCAACAGAAACCGUUGCCAACACUGCCGACUGCAGAAGUGUCUUGCCCUAGGAAUGUCAAGAGAUGCUGUGAAGUUUGGGAGGAUGUCCAAGAAGCAGAGGGACAGCCUGUAUGCCGAAGUGCAGAAGCACCAGCAGCGGCUGCAGGAGCAGCGGCAGCAGCAGAGCGGGGAGGCGGAAGCCCUCGCCAGGGUGUAUGGCAGCAGCAUCAGCAACAGCCUCAGCAACCUGAACAAUGAGGCCGGCGGCACUUACGCCAAUGGACAUGUCAUUGACCUGCCCAAAUCCGAGGGUUAUUACAACGUGGAUUCCGGCCAGCCGUCCCCUGAUCAGUCAGGACUUGACAUGACUGGGAUCAAACAAAUCAAGCAAGAACCCAUCUAUGACCUCACAUCCGUAUCCAACUUGUUUACCUAUAGCUCUUUCAACAACGGGCAGCUAGCACCAGGGAUAACAAUGACUGAAAUCGAUCGAAUUGCACAGAACAUCAUUAAGUCCCACUUGGAGACAUGUCAAUACACCAUGGAGGAGCUACACCAGCUGGCGUGGCAGACCCACACCUAUGAAGAAAUUAAAGCGUAUCAAAGCAAGUCCAGGGAAGCACUAUGGCAGCAAUGUGCCAUCCAGAUCACUCACGCCAUCCAGUACGUGGUAGAGUUUGCAAAGCGGAUAACAGGCUUCAUGGAACUCUGUCAAAACGAUCAGAUUCUACUUCUGAAGUCAGGUUGCUUAGAAGUGGUUUUAGUGAGAAUGUGCCGUGCCUUCAACCCAUUAAACAACACUGUUCUGUUUGAAGGAAAAUAUGGAGGAAUGCAAAUGUUCAAAGCCUUAGGUUCUGAUGACCUAGUGAAUGAAGCAUUUGACUUUGCAAAGAAUCUGUGCUCCUUGCAGCUGACUGAGGAGGAGAUUGCUUUGUUCUCAUCUGCUGUUCUGAUAUCUCCAGACCGAGCCUGGCUGAUAGAACCAAGGAAGGUCCAGAAGCUUCAGGAAAAGAUUUAUUUUGCACUUCAACAUGUGAUUCAGAAGAACCACCUGGAUGAUGAGACCUUGGCAAAGUUAAUAGCCAAGAUACCGACCAUCACGGCGGUUUGCAACUUGCACGGGGAGAAGCUGCAGGUAUUUAAGCAAUCGCAUCCAGACAUAGUGAAUACACUCUUUCCUCCGUUAUACAAGGAGCUCUUUAAUCCUGACUGUGCCACCGUCUGCAAAUGA